AGAAAGAGAGAGAGAGAGAGAGAGAGAGGUGGUGGGUGGAGCCCGACGCGGCUUCUUGGGCAAGGAAGUGGCCGCGGCUCCUGCCCAAGGGGGGAACCGGGGCUGGAUCCGUCCCGCUCAUGGCGGCCACGUCGCUUGCGCGCUGCUGCACCACCAGCAGCAGGACGAUCCCCUGCAAGCCCCCGGGGCAGCGGGGCAGAAGGCCGCUGAGCCACGGCCAGGCGGACGGGGAAGGAGGUCUCCCCGACGGCGGCGGUUGCUCCGCGGCCCAGCGCUCCGGGGAAGCUGGCACCUGCGAGGGCAGGGAAGGGUUAACUGAAGCGGAGAAGAGGGUGGUGGCUCUCCACGAGGAGGCAUGCGCGGUGAGUCCGCUUCGCUUUUGCCUCGCCUUGGCGCAGCCGCCUUGGUGCUCCGGGUUUUUGCGGCGGCUGCUGCUCUGCAAACCGGGGCGAGUGCCAGACUUGAGAGUUGUCUUUUUCUGUUAGCAAAGGUGUGGUCUUUUUCGGUGCUAGGGACGCUUCGGAACUGGCAAGGGCAUCCGUUUAGCAAGCCCAGAUUGCCACGCCUUGCUCUUGCUGCGUGUUUUGUCACUUUAGCUAUUGUUUGGCCAGUACUGUAUUUGUAAGCACUUUUGUUGUUUAGUCGUGUCCGACUCUUCGUGACCCCAUGGACCAGAACACGCCAGGCACUCCCAUCUUCCACUGCCUCCCGCAGUUUGGUCAAACUCAUGCUGGUAGCUUCGAGAACACUGUCCAACAUCUCGUCCUCUGUCGUCUCCUUCUCCUUGUGCCCUCCAUCUUUCCCAACAUCAGGGUCUUUUCCAGGGAGUCUUCUCUUCUCAUGAGGUGGCCAAAGUAUUGGAGCCUCAGCUUCACGAUCUGUCCUUCCAGUGAGCACUCAGGGCUGAUUUCCUUCAGAAUGGAUAGGUUUGAUCUUCUUGCAGUCCAUGGGACUCUCAAGAGUCUCCUCCAGCACCAUAAUUCAAAAGCAUCAAUUCUUCAGCGAUCAGCCUUCUUUAUGGUCCAGCUCUCACUUCUGUACAUCACUACAGUGGUGCCCCGCAAGACGAAUGCCUCGCAAGACGGAAAAACCGCUAGACGAAAGGGUUUUCCGUUUUGAAGUUGCUUCGCAGGACGAAUUCCCCUAUGGGCUUGCUUCGCAAGACGAAAAUACCUUGCGAGUCUUGAGAUUUUUUUCGCUUUUCCCCCUUUAUCUAAUCUGCUAAGCCUUUAAUAGCCUUUAAUAGCCUUUUAGCAGCUAAUCCCCUAAGCCUUUAAGCCUUUAAUAGCCGCUAAACAGCUGAUAGCGCUAAUAGCGCUAAUCCGUCAAUGGGCUUGCUUCGCAAGACGAAAAAACCGCUAGACGAAGACUCUUGCGGAACGGAUUAAUUUCGUCUUGCGAGGCACCACUGUACUGGGAAAACCAUGGCUUUGACUAUAUGGACCUUUGUUGGCAAGGUGAUGUCUCUGCUUUUUAAGAUGCUGUCUAGGUUUGUCAUUGCUUUUCUCCCAAGAAGCAGGCGUCUUUUAAUUUCGUGGCUGCUGUCACCAUCUGCAGUGAUCAUGGAGCCCAAGAAAGUAAAAUCACUCACUGCCUCCAUUUCUUCCCCUUCUAUUUGCCAGGAGGUGAUGGGACCAGGGGCCAUGAUCUUCGGUUUUUUGAUGUUGAGCUUCAAACCAUAUUUUGCACUCUCCUCUUUCACCCUCAUUUAAAGGUUCUUUAAUUCCUCCUCACUUUCUGCCAUCAAUGUUGUGUCAUCUGCAUAUCUGAGGUAUAUAAUGGUAAGCAUCACACCCUCUUAUUUUCACCCACGAACACUGUUGUUAUUAGCUAUUAUAGAUAAAUAGAACCUGCAUGGAGAGAGGCAGUAUACCAGGCCUGUUGCUUUUUGCACCCUGCUUGCAAGUGCUGAGACACCUGGCUAAAACAGAAUGCUAGGCUGGUUAGCCCUGGGUCUGAUUCACCAAGGAAACCUGUAUGUUUUUAACUGGGGUGGGUGGUGGGUGGCAGGGAUGUGUAAUGGUUGCAGAAUUUGGCUUGUUGAAAAGGAACUCUGCUUUAUUUAUUUCUUUAAUACAAGAUUCUAGAACUUACAGUUAUGACGGAAGAUACUUUAGCAUGUGUGUAGUUGCAGAAGCCAGAAAUGUGACUAAGGUUUUGAGGGCCAUGGAUGGGUGAGCCUGUAAUCAUUCCAUACCUCUUUUCACAAUGAGCAGAGGCAGAAUAAAUCAUACAAAAUAAACAGCCAUGCACAAAUAUACUUGAUCUGCAUAAUUUAUGCAGGUCACACCAUUCAGCUUCGUGUGCAAAAUUUGGGUUACAUAGCAAAUGUCUAUUGUCUCAGUUAUGAACAGAGGAAUAAUUUUAGGACAAGGAUGCUCUCCUUGGAAUAUGUGCGGGCACCAUGAGCUGGGGAAAUUCACAUCCUGAGCUCAUUCUUCGCCAUCACUACCUGAAAUACACCCAGCACUUCCCUGUGUUUGCAUAUUGCAGAGUAAAAAUAAAAUAAAAAUGGUGCACAAACUGCACCAGGUUUGUCUGCCACCACAGGCCUUCUCACUGGGGUACCCCAGAGUUCCCCACAACUGGAAAACAACUCAUCUGCAGAACAUUCCUAUUCUCUGAGCCCAUAGAGCUGUGACUUUGCUUUACACCUCUCUUCCGAGGCACAAAUCCCUUCACAUCCAUUUACAAUUGGCAAUGCUGCGUCCAAGCUAGAAAGGCGUCUGUCACUUGGACAAAAAUUAGCUGGCUUUCCUUUUACCAAUCUGAAAUGCUUUGAAAAGCAGGCAAAUGCGCUGGGCUGGCUCAAGACGGUUAGCUGCUCCAAGAGAGAUUCCUUUUUGCUAUCCCAUCUUACACUAAGACACUGCUGUCUGCAAAUCAUAGUGAAACGAAGGGAUUUCAGAAUUUUGCGGAGGGCAGAUGAAUGUUGCCAACCGUCUGACACACAUGUGCGAAGCCAUCUUCCAAAAGUGAAGCGGGAUGCCCUGGCUCUACACAAACUCGCUCACGCACACCCUGCAAUGUUCCCUUGCCUCUUCCGCUCCUCACAUCCCUCCUCCUCUCCAUCACUAUACUGGGAGUCUCUGGAGUGAUGCCAUGGGCUGUACCUGCUAUUGUUUUUUAGGGCUCUCCCAGACAACCUGCCUAUUGAGCACUCAUCCUGAUUUGUUUGCAGGGAGAAUAGAGGCCAGUGCGUUUCACCAUCGCUCUCGUUAUCACACAAAAAUCUGAACUUUUGGCAGAAGCAAGUUUGUUAACUCGAGACCUCCCAAUUCAGCUAUAAUUGCACAACCUGCAUUUGCCUGUAUGUGACUGGAACCCCACUGCGAAAUGGUGACAGUCCGGAAGCGCCCUAAAAGUUGGCUGUUGGGCUGGCCAUGCAGACUCAGAAAAAGAAUAAAGCUGGAAGAAUGGGUAGGGUGAAGUGCGUCAUAAAUAAACAAAGAAACAUCUGACUGCACUAAAGACGGCAUCCCAUUGUUCUGCUGGCUUGCUUGGCUUCCCCCACGACCCCUACUCCAAUAACAAUGGGUGUUCCGUGUGCAUUUGUCAAGUGGUAAUCACAGGAACAAGGGAUGCGGGUGGCGCUGUGGGUUAAACCACAGAGCCUAGGACUUGCUGAUUAGAAGGUUGGCGGUUUGAAUCCCCACGACGGGGUGAGCUCCCGUUGCUUGGUUCCUGCUCCUGCCAACCUAGCAGUUCGAAAGCACGUCAAAGUGCAAGUAGAUAAAUAGGUACCGCUCCAGCGGGAAGGUAAAUGGCGUUUCCGUGCGCUGCUCUGGUUUGCCAGAAGCGGCUUAGUCAUGCUGGCCACAUGACCCGGAAGCUGUACUCCGGCUCCCUCGGCCAGUAAAGCGAGAUGAGCGCCCCAACCCCAGAGUUGGCCACGACUGGACCUAAUGGUCAGGAGUCCCUUUAUCCUUUGCCUUUAAUCACGGGAACAAGAAGUAAGGUCUGCUGUUCUCUCUUUGUGUUUUAAAUAGGCUGGGAAGCAUAACUACAUAGAUCCAGUCACUGGCUACCUAGUGUUCACCAAAGUGGCCCAUUUGCAGAGAGGACACUGCUGUGGUACUUCCUGCAGACAUGUGAGUAUUAAACCUUGUUGACUCCCAUGAGGAAGGCGCUCCAUCAACAAAUCAGUCAGUUUUAAAAUGAAUUUAAGUGGUAAAUGACACACCUGUUCCCUUAAAAGGAUACAUAUGAAGGCCUCUCUGGGGAAGGCAGUUGAAUUGCCAGGGACAGAAGGAAGUUGCAGUUGUUUUUGUCCCCUCAAAAAAUGUACACAUUGUUUGUAUAUAUGAUCCUGCACAUGUUCACUCAGUUAAUUCGGUGGAUUUAACUUCCUCAUAAACCAGUGUGGCUAAGAAGGGUGUUUUAUCUGUUUCUGCUGGUGUCAAGAAACAAACCUGAACACGUUCUAGGCAGCCAGCGAUUAGGUUUGCAAACACAGCUAACCUUGAAGACGACCUCCAAAUUCCUACAGAUGCUUCUGGAGAGAUGUGCUUGGGUGAACAGAAAUAGCUAUGGUGAACCGAUCGGGCAUACUGUAGAUUUAAGAUGUAGCCGUGCUCUUUGUAUAGCCUCUGAUCUUUAUGACCUUGGUUUUGGAGUUGCUGUUAAAAAAUGUUUUUUUUACAGAAGAGAAAUAAAAUAGGAGAUCUAAUCAGUUUAAGUGCCAGCAACUGCCUUGAAUACCUUACUAAGUAGCGUCAAUUCCCCUUUUCGGCUUCUUUUUUUAAAAAAAAUCCUUAACACACUAGCAAGUUUAUUGCUUCCACAUUUGACAGUAACAGAUCAUAAUAACUUGGUCUGAAUCCGCCCCCCCCAACCUUGAACCCACCACUUGGGUGUAAUGCCCACUAAAAUCAAUAGGCCCCACCCCAAGUAAAACAUUCAGCACUAGGAUAUGUAAAACAUUUUCAGAGAGGGCAUUUAUCAUCCCGACGGUCCUUCUCAAACUGAUUAUUACUGCUUUAACUUUUCCAUGUGAAUUUCAUUAUAGCAAAUGUCAGAGCUGCUUCCAGACUCUUACCCAGAAAUGUUGUUCUGGAAAGGAGGGGUAACAACGGAGUAGCUUAUGGGAUGUCAUAAGUCAAUGGCUCCACUUUCCCUGCACCCAAAUUUCACAGUCCUCAGCACACCAGUUUUUCAUAAAUUAUUUUUUUGUUGCCUGCGCAGUCAACACAAGUCCUCUUGAACAGAGUUCAAACAAUAAAAUACAUCAUUAAAAAUAUUAAAACAUCUAAAUCCAUUCAUUUAUCCACACUGGCCUGUCAUCUCGUUAAGGAAAUCUUAAUUACCUCCAUAUGAGUUAUUUAUUUUAAAAUAAAUUAUUUGAUAUACAUUUAUUUUCUUCAUAUUAAAAAAAUCAUAUUGAAAAAGACCAUAUUGAGUGAAAAGGAGGGGGGAAUCGCAUCUUACAGCUUCAAUGUCAGCUAAUCAAUUUUAGCACAUUGUCAAAAUGUCCAUUGACGCUCGCUUCUCAGUUCUAUAUCUGUUCCAAUAUUGGAUAAAUAGUGUCCAAUUCCUUUGAAAUGUGUCUUCUGAGUUACUUCUUCCCUCCCAUUUUAUUCAUCACCAUCUUAUUCCAAAUUUUCCCCUUCCAUAAUUUGAGAGACGGCAGAUGGGCUGUUCUAUAGGUUACUGCUAAUAAUUAAUCAGUUCAGCUUACAUAUUAAUAAAUCAAUAUUUCUGCAGAAAAAGGCCUGCCUUCCAGCAGAGUAUAUAUGGAAGAGUUGUGAUAGGCCCCAUUGUGGAAGAGGCAUUCUCUUCUGUGUGAGGAAAGGAGAAAGCUAUGUUAUACAAUGAUGCAGACCACCUGAGGUUUGUUUAAGUCAGGGAUGGCCAACUUGUAUCCUGACGAUUGGCUAGAUAGAGGUUGGGGUCCAACAUCUGCAGAGUCACAGGUUUCCCACCCCAGGUUUAAGCACUUGUCUACAAAAUAUUUUAACUUUCACCAUUCAGGCUCCUGCAUAAUACACCAGAAGCAUCUUUUUAAUCCCUGAAAAGGGUUGCAAUGAAUUAAUGUGACUGAUGAACCCUCUAAGCAUUGCAACUCUACACCUGGUGGGUUGCAGAGAAAUAAAAAGCAACUGGCAUCCUGUCCAACCAUAGAUCAGUACUGCAAAGUAACCAACAUUGGCCUGAGCAAUUAUAGUACACAGAUCAUUGACCAAAAAAAAACAGUUCAGUGCAUCUACCAUAAUUUAACAUUGAUUGUUUAUAUAUUUUGUAUUGCGGUUUUAAUUUUGUUUUAGUGCUGUAAUUUUAUUGUUAGCAACCCUGGACUCUCAACAAAGAAGGGUGAGGUAUAACAAUAUUAUUAUUAUUAUUAUUAUUAACUGUUCAGAAGAAAGUAAACACCUCCAGCCUCCAGCCUUUUUCCAGUCUUAUUCAGUCAUCUGAAAGUGAUUAAAUACCUCGCUGCAUCUAUAGUGUAUGGGACCUGUGUCACUCUCUUCACAUUGCUCUCCAAAACACUCUUGAAUUGUGAGUUUUAAUGCUGCAGUCCUGUGCACGCUUCCCUGGGAGUAAGCCUCAUUGAACACAGUUGGAUUGAUUUCCAAAUUCCAAGUAGGAUCUGGCUACAAAAGAUUCUGGCUUUCACUUUGUGUUUUGUGACUAGAGAAAUCUAGUCUCCCCAUCUUAUGUGAGGUUUCAGGAAGUGAGAUCUCUUGACUUCAAUGAGAUUUCUUUUCCUCCACUUUGGUAAGCAUACAGGAUUGCAUGCAGAGUGGGGAGAGGAGCGGUUGACUCAGAUACUGUAUAAUGAGUAGGGACAUAUCUAGCAAGGAGGUUUCUUGGACAAUAAUUAGGACCAUUUGUUUGGGGAGAGGGCAAGGAAAAGGGGGGUCCAUGGCUCAAUUCCUCCUCCUCCUUUCCUCUUGCUCGCUCUCUUUUCAAGUCCCGAGGCCACAAAUGAUUUAUAGGACAUCAUUAAUUUUGUCUUUAAGCACGGGCAAUGUUGAGGCCUCAUCAAGAAUGACUUAUUCCAUCUCUCUCUCUCUUUCUCCAGUGUCCAUAUGGUCAGAUGAAUGUUAAAGAUCCUUCCAAAAAGAAGCGGUUCAAUUCCUUUUUCUACGCUUGACGAUCGAAGCCUUUUGCAUCAUACCAUGAAGGGGAGGGGGAGUCAGCCAUCACUCCCAUUUCUUCCUUCUUUUCUGCCCCCUACAGCUUCCAUAUUUUGCAUAAUGCCGUUCCUUUGACCUCUGCUGUUCUGCAUCCUGAAUAUUUUCCAAUUGCAAUAAAAUAAAAACCCCAUGUGUGCUCCAGUGGCGCUGAGCCAUUGACAAG